CGGAAGUUGCGCAGAGCUCGCCUCUCGGAUGACGUCACUUCAUUGAGCUGGUUAAGAUGGCGCUUCGACCCGGAUCAGGGGGAGGUGGCAGUUUUAUGUACUCUGUAGGAGGGGGCAUUGGACCACCGCAAGGAAUGAUGCCCAUGCAGCAGCAACAGCAGCAGGGCUUCCCCAUGGUCCAGGUCAUGCAGCCCAACAUGCAAGGCAUGAUGGGAAUGAAUUUUGGAGCACAGAUGCCUGGUGCCAUGCCAAUACAGGGUGGGAUGGCGAUGGGCAUGCAGACUCCCGGGAUGCAGUUCAUGGGUCAGCCUCAGUUCAUGGGCAUGAGGGGCCCGGGGCCACAGUUCCCUGCGGACUUACAGAAGCAGAUGGCGGAGGAGCAUCAAAAACGUCUGGAGCAGCAGCAGCGGAUGCUGGAGGAGGACCGGAAGAGAAGACAGUUUGAGGAGCAGAAACAGAAACUACGCCUACUGAGCAGCGUCAAACCCAAAACUGGGGAGAAGAGUCGUGACGAUGCCUUAGAGGCCAUUAAAGGAAAUCUAGAUGGGUUCAGCAGAGAUGCCAAGAUGCAUCCAACACCAUCUUCACAAUCUAAGAAACCAGACUCAUCGCCAUCUCAUUCCUCUGUCACCUCUCAUACCCUUCCUCCUGCUUUCCCUGAUGACGACGAUGAGUUUAGUGACUUUGUGCAGGGCCCCGUCGAUGCCUCCUCCUCAUUCCCCUCUUCAUCCCUCCCUCCAUCUUCCCCUUCACUGAGAGCCGCUCACAUUAGCCAGCCAUUAGACAUGGGGCCUGGCCAGCACCCCCCUUCCUCCUCUCUCCCUCACUCUGUCCCUUCAUCUCUCCCUGUCUCACCUGCCAUCCAACACUCUUCUGUCAUCUCCAGCUCCCAAUCUGCAUUCCAAGGCCCAUCUCUGGAGGAGAAGAUGUUCACAUCUUGCGAUUUGACAUCUGAUAAGAAGGCCCAGGUUAGUUUUAAGCCACGCCAGGCUCUGUCUGAGCUGAGUCCCAGAGUUCAGGUCACAGCUCAGUUUCACAGCAGCACCAGAGCCCGAAACUGGGCCCAAACUCAAGAUGACUUCAAUUCAGCCUUCAUUGAGCCUCUACCUGCAACUCAGGCGCCCCCUGCAGCAGACAACCCGACCGUCCAGCCCACUAGCACCAGCGGUGUAGGUGUCUACCCCCAACAAGACAUGCAACCCAUGGUGCCAGCCUGGUUAUACAAUGACUCGCUCAUCCCAGAGUUGUUCAAGAAGGUCCUUGAGUUCACCAUGACACCAACAGGUAUUGACACAGCCAAACUCUACCCAAUUCUGAUAUCAUCGGGUCUGCCACGGGAAGCUCUCGGACAGAUCUGGGCCUUGGCCAACCGCACCACACCUGGCAAGCUGACCAAGGAAGAGCUGUACACCGUCCUGGCUUUGAUUGGAGUCGCCCAGGUAGAUUUCACAAUUUCAAAGGACAUGGCUAAAAGAGAAUUGCUUAAUUCAGCCUUCAUUGAGCCUCUACCUGCAACUCAGGCGCCCCCUGCAGCAGACAACCCGACCGUCCAGCCCACUAGCACCAGCGGUGUAGGUGUCUACCCCCAACAAGACAUGCAACCCAUGGUGCCAGCCUGGUUAUACAAUGACUCGCUCAUCCCAGAGUUGUUCAAGAAGGUCCUUGAGUUCACCAUGACACCAACAGGUAUUGACACAGCCAAACUCUACCCAAUUCUGAUAUCAUCGGGUCUGCCACGGGAAGCUCUCGGACAGAUCUGGGCCUUGGCCAACCGCACCACACCUGGCAAGCUGACCAAGGAAGAGCUGUACACCGUCCUGGCUUUGAUUGGAGUCGCCCAGAGUGGUCUUACAGUCAUGAGUUUGGACAUCCUGAGUCAGUUCCCCUCUCUGCCUGUGCCCAAUCUACCCACCAUGGCUAUGGCUAUUCCUGCUGUCCUGCCUCAGCACCAGCAGCCCAUCAUGACCCAGCCACCCGUGUCCAUGGCCAUGCCGGUCGCUGCGCCUGUCAUGAGCAUGACCCCAAACCCGCCCGCACAACCACCGGCCAGCUUUGUCACCAACUUCCCUCCUGUUCAGGCUACCAAGGCUGAUGAUGACGAUUUCCAGGACUUCCAGGAAGCCCCUAAAGCCGGCACUGGAGAUGACUCAUUCACAGAUUUCCAAGGAGAAACAGGAGGAGUGUUUCCCAGCAUGACAUCAUCAUCCCAAAGCGGUGUUCCUGCCAUGCUAACUCCAGUGUCAGGGUCUUCAUCCUCCUCCUCUGAUAAAUACGCAGUGUUUAAACAGUUGUCAGUGGAGCAGCCUGCAGAGCCCACACCUCCUGUCUCAGAUUCAGGGGACAAAUACAGUGUUUUCCGAGAGCUUGAGCAGCCUUCAGACAGAAAACCAGUUGGGGAGGGAUUUGCUGAUUUCAAGUCUGUCACUGCCGACGAUGGCUUCACAGACUUUAAAACAGCCGACACAGUCUCUCCACUAGACCCACCAGACCAGGACAAGUUCCAGCCAACUUUUCCUCCUCCUUUCUCUUCUUCUCAAUCUCUGUCCCAUUCACAACCAGCCUCUCUGGCUCAACCUAGAAAUCCUCUCAACAUGGCAGACCUGGACCUCUUCACAACAAUGGCUCCUCCUGCUCCCACAACCACUGUUGACUCCAAACUCAACCUGUUCCCUUCAGCGCCCCCAUCCCUGGUAUUGCCCUCAGUUGCAAAACCUCCCAGCGUAGGGGGUGAUGACUUUGGCGAUUUUGCUCUUUUUGGCUCCUCAGCGUCCUCCGAAGUAGCUCCCACCACCGCUACAGUAGGGAGAGGAACUGGGACGGCAGUUCAGGACGACUUUGCUGACUUCAUGGCGUUCGGGUGCUCGAGAGAUCAGAGAAACGAGACCAGCUCUGGAGACGGUGGUGGAGAGGCCCAGGUGGAGACGUCCCAGCAGAGGCAGCAAAUCAGCACUGAUAAGUAUGACGUCUUCAAGCAGCUGUCCCUAGAACGUGGCCUGGCCUACGACGAUAACAAAGAAAGCGGCGGGGGCUCCUUCUCGUCGCUCAAGAGCGACAAUGACGACUUUGCAGAUUUCCAGUCCUCCAAAUUCUGUACGGCACUGGGUGCGUCCCGCAUGACAAUUGCAGCUUCUCACCUACAUGAUUUUUUUGAAUGGAUUUCCAAUGUUGUCAUUACAGAGUCUGAUGAUUUAAAAUUUGACCCCUUUGGCACAUCUGCCGUCAGCAGUCUUGGCAGCUACGACUGGUCCGACAAGGAAGAUCUCUCAUCUGGUCAAGGUAAGAAACUCCAGGGAGGACUGCCAUCUUCAGCUGUCGUCCAGAGGAAAGAGACGUCUUUCGGGAGCUCGGAGAACAUCACCCACACCACAGUUGCCAAGGUGACCACCUUCCCAAUCGAAGAUGGUGGCUCCACCACCGAAAGCCGGUUUGAAGCCUUCGCUGACUUUGGCUCCAUUAAGCAGGCCGGUCUAGACGACGAUGAUGACUUUGGAGACUUUGCCAGCACGGUUUCGGAGAAAUCCGACUCCCCUCCUGGAACCAUAGAAACGGAGGGCAACCAGGGUGAAUUGAUGGAUGAGUUUGGAGCCUUCCAAGGUGACAAGCCCAAAUUUGGCAAGUCAGACUUCUUGAAAGCCAGCACGCAGGCCAAAGUGAAAUCCAGUGAAGAGAUGAUCAAGAACGAACUCGCCACCUUUGACUUGUCUGUGCAGGGAUCCCAUAAGCGCAGCCACAGUCUGGGAGAGAAAGAAAUUGUACGGUCCAUCCCCUCUCCUGCCCCUGAGCAGCCCUUCAGAGACCGAUCCAACACCCUAAAUGAAAAACCUGCACUGCCGGUCAUCCGCGACAAGUACAAGGACCUCACAGGAGAGGUGGAGGAGAGUGAGCGAUAUGCGUACGAAUGGCAGAGGUGUUUGGAGAGCGCUCUGCAGGUCAUCACCACUGCCAAUAACACCCUUAAUGGCAUCAGCAGCUCCACGGUGUGCACAGAGGUCAUCCAAUCAGCACAGGGGAUGGAGUACCUGCUGGGUGUGGUGGAGGUGUAUCGUGUGACCAAGCGUGUAGAGCUGGGGAUAAAAGCCACGGCCGUUUGUUCAGAGAAACUACAGGAGCUGCUUAAAGACAUCAGUCGCGUGUGGAACAACCUGAUGGGCUUCAUGUCACUGGCAAACCUCACUCCUGAUGAGAGCUCACUGGACUUCUCCUCCUGUAUAUUGAGGCACGGCAUUAAGAAUGCCAAAGAGCUGGCGUGUGGAGUGUGUCUGCUCAACGUGGACUCACGCAGCAAGAAGAAAGACGAGAACACUUUUGGACGCCUGUUUAAAAGAGCACUGACAAAAGACAGUCGCUCCAAAUUAAGGGUAGGAUGCACUCUGUGUUUGCAAUCAGUUAGUAAUUAACCUUUCCGCCAGCUAAACAAGGUCAGUUGAAUUAGGAUGACCUUUUCAGCGACUGUUCAUCUGCAGAGAAACAGAGCUUGUGCUGCAGCUGCCGCCCCUCUGUGCACCACACACACGUAUAUACCGCCGGAACAGCCGUUUCAUCACACAGCAUUGUUCAAAUGUCUACUCAGACACACAUCUUUGUACUACAAGGCAAGGCAGGAAGGAAUUAAGAAAGUGCGAGUGUAUAAGAGAGGCCGACAGAUAGACAGACAGACAGGGAACUCAAAAUCGGAUGUUCUUGAUGUUUACGUGUGCAUUACAUGUAUUCUAAAUUAGAUUUCAGAACGAGUGUUAAAAACCAAAGAAAUCCAUCACAAUAAUGUCAUCGGAGCUACUGCGAGUAUGAGUAUUUUUGCCUUGACUAUGUCAGAAGAAUAUUUUAGCAAAUUUUUACUCUUUGACUAACCAGUUUGUAAGACAUGAGGCAUAAAUAAACAUUUGUAAACACAUGC